AUUAUACUCGGACCAUAUAACUCUAUUGGGGUGUUGCAAGAAACUUGCGAUCAAUUGCAAGUCUAUUUUUGGUCCCUAAAUCAAUCACAUGUCUUGUAGUUAAUUGCAAAUUAGUGAUUGAUUGCUAAUCUGCUCCUUGAAACAAGAAGUUUAAUCUGAUUUGCUACAGCUAACGUUGAUCUAUCAGUUGUAAAAUUGCAACAGAAUAUUUGCAAUUGAUCGCAAAUAUUUUCUUGUAACACCCCCAUAUGACUCGGACGCACUUAAACGUACCCGCACCUCGGAAGCGGACGAUUGACCGCGAGCUGAUUUAUGUAAAUAACUCCUUGCAACACUAUCAUGACUAUGAAUUGAAUAGGAGACGACAUGGUCUACAUUUGUGGACGAGGUUAGUUCCGUGUGUGCAGCAAUUGACUCACUUUUGAGGAAUAGAUCGUCAUUUCUGCGUUGUUAAAACUAAUUACAAAUGGCCUCGCCAAAGUGGGCGGAGUUAGGUGUGGUACCGGAUGUGAUUGACGUGGCCCCGCCCCUCAGAGCUGAGGUCGUCUACCCAUCAGGUGUGUCAUGUGACUUUGGGAACGAGCUUACGCCAACUCAGGUAAAGGACAUGCCCCAUAUUACAUUCCCAUCUGAAGAGGGCGCCCUCUAUACCGUCAUCAUGACGGACUGGGAUGCAUCAGAGAUGGUGAGGGAGGUCCAUCACUUCAUGAUGGUAGACGUAUCAAACGGGGACUCGAAGAAUGGCACUGUCCAUUCUGAGUACAUCGGAUCAGGUGCUCCCGAAGGAACAGGUUUACAUCGAUAUUGCUUCCUCAUCUACAAGCAACCACCAGGAUUCAAACCUGCCGAGCCGUAUCGGGCAAGGAACCGCGAGAGACGGUACAAGUUCUGCUUGAAGCGGUAUGCUGCAGAGAAUGAUCUGGGUGACCCGGUUGCAGGGAACUUCUUCCAGGCUCAGUACGAUGACUGGGUCCCCAAGCAGAAGGCUGAAUUGGAAGCAGCAACUACUACUCAGAACUUACAGUUUUAUUCACAGUGACACUACCUUUCCUAAGGGGACAGGGGACAAAAUGUGUCCCCUCACGGAAUUUUGAUGGCCCUUUUUUUUUCGCUGUUGUAACAUUUCUACUUUGAAUGCAUUUACCCGUUGCUAUUACAGUGUAGGCUACUUGGCCAAUAAAUUAUUAUUGCGAGAUAUCAAUCGCUGAUGGACGUGUUGUCGCUUUCUAGUGGAUCUAACACAAUUCAGAAGAUUUAUAUGAAUAAUCAAAACAUCAAAGUUGGUGCUUAUCUCAUUAAAUAUCAAACCCCCAAACCACCGUGCUAUUUGAGUUCAAAUGACGGUCUUCUGAUCAUGCGCAGAGUGGAACUAUGAAGUGGACUAUUCAUCUCAAAGACUUCUAAAACUGGUACCUUUUGCAUCCUAAUUUUAACGUUCAAAGUUAUGUAAGGCGUGGCUCGCUGGUAGAACAGCUUUAACAACUGUCUAGAAUAAAACAUUAUUUGAUAUCAUUAUUAGGGCCUAUUGAUAGAGUUUUUUAAGUGAUGAUAUUGAAUUCUUUUGUUACCAACAUUGCAAUAAUUUCAAAUAAAUUCUUUCACCUGGCAAGUUAA